AUGCCUGGCCAAAUUAAAAUCGUCGAGCCUCCCCUCGUCGUCCGUGACAUGGACGACGCCGAGAAGCUCGUAGUUGAAGAGUUUGACCGUCAUGUCAGCCGUUGCACCCAAUGUACCACCGCCCUCAACCAGCCUAGCGACAGCCUCUGCGAGCGUGGCUACCCUCGUGCCAUCGAUGUGACCAGGCACCUCUACUGUAAGGACGGAAAACACUUCUCGGUCGUGGACAAAGAGAACGGUGUCUUGAUGCGAGUCAAGCUUCCGCGUGAAGCCAACUCCGUCCGAGACCUUCUCGACGCCGUCGAAGCCGGUCUGGCCUUCAAGUCCCCUCGUCGUGGCCGUGCCUCUCCUGUCCGCGCUCCCCGAACGAGCACCAUUUAUGUUCCAUCUCGCCGACCUGUGAUCGAACAAAUCCGUCCAUCUCGCUCAUACUCACCCGAGCCUGAGCGCACCGCAACAGAGAUCAUCGAGAGAUCUCCUCACUCGGAGCGCUCUCCAGGCCAGGGCAAGCGUCACGUUAUCGUCUACCAAUCUCCCCGCAGCUCCAUAUCUCGCAGUCCAUCCAGUCGCGGCUCGCUCUACAGCUCAGACCGCGAGCGCUCCGAGCAGCGAUUCGAGUCCUCUCGAAUCCGCCGCCGAGGCGCAGACUACCGCUUCUGA